CAGUUUCUACUUUGUAGAGCUGAGAAUCACAACUCCCUUUUUAUACAGGAAUUAUUCAUAUUUUUUCCUCAAUUGGAAGAGACGUUUAACUAUCCACGAUGGCUGACGAUGAUGAAGUUCAGUUCGAUGCUGUCGAUUCGGGAGCCUCGAAAACUUUCCCAAUGCAAUGUUCAGCUUUGCGUAAGAAUGGCUUCGUGAUGCUCAAAGGACGUCCGUGUAAAAUUGUGGACAUGUCCACCUCGAAGACGGGCAAACAUGGACAUGCCAAAGUGCAUCUCGUUGGCAUCGAUAUAUUCACCCAGAAGAAGUACGAGGAUAUUUGUCCCUCAACCCACAACAUGGAUGUGCCACAUGUGAAGCGUGAAGAUUAUCAAUUGACUGACAUAAGCGAUGAUGGCUUUGUUACUCUGAUGUCGGACAGUGGAGAAAUACGUGAAGAUCUCAAGGUGCCAGAUGGGGAACUGGGCGGCUCAUUGCGCAAUGAGUUUGGCGAUGGCAAAGAUCUAUUGUGCACUGUCUUGGCUGCUUGUGGAGAAGAAUGCGUGAUUGCCAUGAAGCCAAAUUCGGGAUUGGAUAAAUGAAGUUACAAGUCGAAUGUUAGAGCAGCUCGAAAAAGAAUUGAGAAACCAAAUAGAGAACGUAUUUUCAGAACAA